CGAUCUAACAGGAGGUCGUCGUUCAACGCAGCAAACCGUAGGAUUGCAUCAUUGAUAUGCUGACUUCUUCCGUCGUCGUUUUGCUGGCGCUCUCGGCGUUCCUGCCGGGGGUAGUCCACGCCUUACCCAACGGUGCACCUUCGGGUGCAUGCGUCAGGAUAUUCCCAGAGGGCCACCGAACCGAUUCGCAGCCACUUGAAGACAGCCCAUUCUCUCUAAACGUAUCUUCCUUCGGUGGACAGUAUGCGCCAGGGGAGACGUACAGAUUGACACUCUCUGGCAGUGGUGAUUUCCGUGGACUGCUGGUCCAAGCUCGCUCAAUUGCUGACAACUCCCCAGUUGGCUCGUUUGAGAAUAUCAGUGCUUUGACCAGACUCAGCAGCUGCAAUAGAGCAGAUUCUGCCAUUACUCAUUCAAGCAGGGUGGAUAAGACCAGUGUUGAACUUUCAUUCACGGCUCCACCUGCUGGCACUGGGCCUUUUCGUUUUCAGUAUGCCGUGGUGGAUACAUUUGCUGUGUUCUAUGCUCCAAUCAUGUCUGACAUUAUUAGGGAAGCAGAACGACCGACACAGCCACCUCCACCUUGCCUCCACAAUGGUGUGAUAUACUCUGAUGGGGACACAUUUCCUGCUGGGGAUGGUUGCAACACUUGCUUCUGUGCUUCUGGAACUGUGGGUUGUACUCUAGCAUUCUGCCCAGGUUGUCGAGAUGGGCAGGUGCGUUUGGUUGAUGGCAAUGCCACAUCGGGGAGAGUUGAACUGUGCUACAACAACACAUGGGGUACAGUGUGUGAUGACUUCUGGGAUGUUGAAGAUGCUAGAGUUGUCUGCAGACAGCUUGGACUGCCCUACCUGACUCCACUGGCCCUUGAUUUUGCUGAAUUCAAUGAGGGAAUGGGACCAAUACUGUUGGAUGACUUGCACUGCGAUGGAGAUGAAAUGUCUUUGUUGGAGUGUCCUCACAUCGGCAUUCGAAACCACAACUGUGGACAUCAUGAAGAUGCGGGUGUUAUCUGUUCCAAUGAUAUAACUCAAUGCUUCUACAAUAACGUGACGUAUGCUGAAGGCGAAGGUUUUCCAGACAUAGAUGGAUGCAACAACUGUACUUGUCGUUCAGGGAGUCUCAGGUGUACUGAAGUUUACUGUCCAGCACCAUGCAGCGAGGGCACAUUCCCGUGUGAUUAUGAGACUUUCAGAUCCUGUUUCCCAAAUCGGUUCAGGUGUGAUGGAUUUAUAGACUGCGACAGUGAUGGCUCUGAUGAGCUAAACUGUCCGCCUCCAAUUUCCACUACUUGCGUCUACAAUAAUGUGACGUAUGGUGAAGAUGAGCAGUUUCUAGAAGGAGAUGGCUGCAACAACUGCACUUGUCGUAGAGGCAAUGUCAGGUGCACCGAAUAUUUCUGUCCAGGAACAUGUGAGGAGAAUGAAUUCCGGUGCAUAGCAGGGUUUUUCAGACCCUGCGCCCCAAGAUGUGAUGGACGGGAAGAUUGUUUUGAUGGCUCUGAUGAGGAGAAUUGUCCCACACUAGCACCAGCUGAUUGUUACGAUGGACAAGUGCGAUUGGUGGAUGGUAAUGUCACAUCAGGAAGAGUUGAACUGUGCUUUAACCAAACAUGGGGUACCGUGUGUGAUGAUGACUGGGAUAGUGCUGAUGCUACAGUUGUCUGCAGGCAACUUGGACUGUCAUCUCACUUUCCUAUGGCACUUUCAUUUGCACAUUUUGGGCCGGGAAGAGGACCAAUACACCUUGAUGACCUAGGUUGUAAUGGAAAUGAGGUUUCUCUGCUGGAGUGUCCUCAUAUAGGGGUUGGGAAUCAUAACUGCAGACAUUUAGAGGAUGCUGGUGUGGACUGUUUGGAGUCCUUGAUAAGUUGUGAAGAUGAACAGGUGCGUCUGGUUGGUGGUGGAACUGGAGCAGAAGGGAGAGUGGAACUGUGCUACAACAACACAUGGGGUACAGUGUGUGAUGACUUCUGGGAUGUUGAAGAUGCUAGAGUUGUCUGCAGACAGCUUGGACUGCCAUUUCAAUUUCCUUUCGCUAGAAGCUUUGCGCAUUAUGGCCCUGGACAAGGACCAAUAUACCUGGAUGACCUAGAUUGCAGUGGACAUGAGAUUUCACUGCUGGAGUGUCCUCAUAUAGGAGUAGGAAAUCAUAACUGUGGACAUCUAGAGGAUGCUGGUGUGUACUGCUCCACUGAAGUCCCACCUCCGUCCUUUGUGUGUGAGACUGGACAAAUCCGACUGGUCAAUGGAAGUAAUACCACUGAGGGACGAGUAGAAGUUUGUUUUAACAACACAUGGGGUACAGUGUGUGAUGAUACAUGGGGUCGUUGAGAUGCGUCAGUGGUAAUACAUUUUGAUAAUAUUUUGAUCGCAUAGUUGCUACUGCACAUGGCCAGGCUAGAUUUGGACAGGGAAUAGGACGUAUACAUCUGGAUGAUGUAGAAUGUAGUGGACUUGAAGUAUUGUUGCUGAGUUGUCCGAGUAAUGAAGUGGGGGAUCAUAACUGUGACCAUUCUGAGGAUGCUGGUGUUAUGUGUUCUGGUGGAGGUGUGGAAGACUGUGAAAAUGGUCAAGUACGUCUGGCAGGUGGAAACGACACAGCAGGACGUGUUGAAUUAUGCUAUGACAACACAUGGGGAACAGUGUGUGACGCUUGAUUGGGUACUGUAUAGAUGCAGAGCAGUCGUUGUAGACAACCUUGGAUGCCUUCCUCGCUCCAUUGGCACUUGGGAAUAAUGUGUAUAGUGGAGCAACUGGUCGAAUACUAUUGGAUGAUGUAGAGUGUACUGGGUUUGAAGA